AAUUUGAAAACAAAAACAUCGAUAAAGUGACACUUUGCUACAAUACAAAUGUAAUGUAAUAAAAAUCGGAGGAAAUUGUUGCGAUAUAGUUUUAUAGCAUUAUUUGCUUAAUACUACUAUGCAGACGCCAGACGCCAAUGGUUAUGUCCACGUACAGUGGCCUAGUAAAAGUAUCCCUCAUGGCGGUAUAUUUCAUACGCGUACCGUGGAACCUUCUGUAGCACAACAACAAUUCUUGAAAGUUCUUCUCGAAGAAUCAAAAUUGAGCAUCGCCCAACGCCAGAAGCAGGCGUGGGCUUUACGGCAGGUGGACGGGGCUAAGGAACCACGAUGUCCCAGACAGGAAGUGCCCAUGAUUCGGCCCAGGACCUCGCACCGCCGAUCGCUGUCCGCCAUCAGAGAGUCAGGCGUGUUUGAGAUGGAAGAAUAUAUUCCACUAAAGCGUGGCGAAGACCGCGAGGCACUGAAGGCCAAGCUUGCCAUGAGCAUGGAACACGGAGACGCACCGGAGCAGACGCCUCCGCCGCCACCGCGUAUAGCCAAGCCCAAGCCUCAGCAGCUGCCCACGGUCAAGGAUAAGAGGAAUGAACUGCUUACCCAAAUCCGCGAGCGCGCCGAGUGGCUCGCAGAAAUGGAAGACCUCGGCCACGCAGCCCCCCACCGGGAAAUAGUUAGCGACCAGAUCGCAGAGCGGCUGCGUGCGCUUGACAGCUUGGGCAUCGACAGUGCGUUCACGUCAGCACGGUCCUCUGCGCGGUCCAAGGGCUCCGGGUUCAGCAUUAAGGAACAGUACGUGAAGGAUAGUGCGCGAUCUAAGGAGAGUGCUAAGGCGGUACAUUCCAAUUGCUCAACGAAAUCCCAGGAGAAGCAAAAAUCGUCAAGAAGCUCAGCCAAAGGUCAUCCAAAGAUGGAAGAGAAUAUCUUGGCUUACAACAAUAUUCCGCCCUUGCAGUACUCACCAAGGAGGAGAGUCUGAGUUUUUUAAUUUAAUUUAAACUUUUUUUUCAAUCAAUAGUAGUCAU